CUUUAGUAGGUUCGUUAACUAUCGGGACCACGUUCUUCCUGUCACCAGUCGCCGGUAUACUGACGGAUAAAUUCGGUAUCCAAACAACCACCUUCGUGGGAGGCGCGAUCGCGUCCGUUGGCUUGCUUCUUUCCUCGCUGCUGACAGAUAAGGUGGAAAUGCUCUUCUUAACAUACGGCGUUAUGUACGGGCUCGGCGCGAGUCUCGCUUACACCCCGAGCCUGGCGAUAUUGGGCCACUACUUCAAGAAGUAUCUGGGUCUAGUGAAUGGCAUCGUCACAGCCGGAAGUUCAAUAUUCACGACGUUGCUGCCGUCCAUAAUGGAGAUCCUGCUGCGACGUUUAGGUCUCGAAGGAACUCUAAGGAGUUUGGCUGUACUCACGGCCAUCAUAAUGGCCUGCGCGAUUCUAUUCAAACCGAUACCACUAACUACACCGCAGGAAGGCGAAUCGCAACACAAGAAAUCGAUACGCUAUCGUCUGAAAGAAUUUGUAAACGUAUCCAUCUGGAAGAAAAGACGAUACGUCGUCUGGGCUAGUUCUAUUCCUCUCGCACUUUUUGGAUACUUCGUCCCGUACGUUCACAUAGGAAAGUUCGUGGCUACGACGUUCAAAGAUGCCGACAGUAAGCUGCCGGUCAUGUGUAUUGGCAUCACUUCCGGCAUCGGCCGUUUAAUUUUCGGGUACAUCGCCGACCUGCCAAAAGUGAAUCGGAUAUUCUUGCAGCAGAUAUCGUUUGUGAGUAUCGGUAUUCUCACAAUGCUCCUUCCGGUCACCAAAUCCUUCCCUAUGCUCCUGGUCAUCUCGCUAGGGAUGGGACUGUUCGAUGGCUGCUUCAUAUCGUUACUUGGCCCGAUUGCGUUCGAUAUUUGCGGCCGUAGCGGUGCAACUCAGGCGAUCGGUUUUCUUCUGGGAAUGUGUUCUAUACCUCUGACGGUUGGACCACCAAUUGCGGGCCUCCUGUAUGAUCAUACUGGUACCUAUGAUCUGCCUUUCCUGUUAGCCGGCGUUCCACCGAUAAUGGGAGCGUUAUCGAUGUUCUUAAUAAGGUGCAUUAAACAAAACAACGAUGAAAAUAUAAGCGAUUCCGAGAAUCCCCCGAGCAAGACAGAUUGCCAGAAUGGAAAAAUGGGGAAUAAUAAUUUCUCACAAGCGAUCACCGUCGAGCAAAAAUGCGAAUCAGCGGUGCAAGAGAAGUACAGUGCGAUGUGCAAAACCCCGCCGCCACCGUCUCAGCGCUAUUAUAUCAAGCAUUCGGCUGAAUUGCAAAAUGGUUUCGCACACAAUAGCUACCAAUACAAGUACGCCAAUUGCUGUAGAUAUUCGGAGAGCGUACCGUUGCUUUACGGAGAGAGGAUCUCACGAUGUCCGAGCGCAAGUUUCUCUUAACACAUCAUCGAUUCACUUGUUGAUUUUAAACUUGCAUUUUGACACUGCAAAUUCUUUCGCUCUGAGAAAUUUCAUCGUUUGUUAUUCACCUGGUAAAUGAAGUUAAACACGGAAUCUGUUGAGGAAUAUUGUUUCUUUUUUUUAUGAUAAGUGCACAAAAAGCUAGAUAUAUAUAUCAAUUUUUACACACAAAAAUAUGUAGAUUAUAUUAAUUUUUACUUAGAUAUAUUAAUUUUUACUUAGAAUCAAACUUUUUAACUUUCUGCAUUUUCUGGAAAAUAGCAAUAAUUAUUCUAUCAAUUUUAGCGUGUUCUAAAACGUGUACCUAGUUUUGGAAAAACGUACUUAUCGAAAUGAUCGAAUUAAGCUUUCCCACUACAGAGAUAUAUUUUUGAGAGUAUAUAUGGCAAAACAUCGAAUAUUAAAGAAAAGAGAGAAAUACUUUAAUCGUAUAUUUAUUAGAAUUGCAUAUUUAGAUUAAAAAGAAAUUAUGUCAUGCAAGUGAAAUGUGAGAGAUUGUUCCAAUUAAAACGUGCCUAUAGUAAAAAAAUUAA